CCACUGACCCCUCAGCUCAGUCCGGUGUGACCGCCGCGCCGCUCAGGUCUGAGUCACGGUCCCCUCAGAGGGCCAGACCGCCGCGUCGCGUCCGCUCAGCUCAUAUAUCAGCUCUCGUAGCUUCAUUCUUCACCUUCACCAGCGCUUCUGCCGGUCGGCUCGAGUCUCGCCGCUGCGUGUCUCGCUCUCCUUUGUGUAGCAGCGUGAAGGAGGCGGGCGGGCGCACGAGGGGCCGGUUUCCACCCACAAUCCCUUUCUCGCGCCCUCCUGUAGCGUGUUGACAAAGAGCCUGAGCGAGACUGUGGAAGAAGAAGGAGGAGGGGGAGGAGGAGAAGGAGGAGGCGCGCGAUGCUCCAGCUGUACUGAAAUCCGUCUCUCGUAUCGCCGGAGGAAACCGACACCGGACAGACAGCACGCGCGGCGGACUCGAAGGCGUGGCAGAAGCGCUGCGGCUCGGUUCGGCGUGAGCGCGCGGGUGGCCGGAGCGCCGGACACGGGCGCUAUUAUGGUCAGCGGUGCUGCUGAGAGACGCCAGGGCACGGAAAGUGUGGGUGCGGCCCGGCGGGCUCCCUGACGUGCUGACUGACCGCUUAACGGCGCUGGAACGGGAGCCGCGCUCGCGCGCGCUGUCCACGCUGGAGCUCACCGGGGAUCCCGCGUUUCCGCGACGCCUCGCGGGGCCCAAGCCUUGCCUCAAGCGCGAGAGCAUGGGGCGAUGCGACGGGAGGUGCACGCUGGUGGUCAUCUGCUCUCUGCAGCUGCUGGCUGCGUUGCAGAGGCAGGUGUUUGAUUUCCUGGGCUAUCAGUGGGCUCCCAUCUUUGCCAACUUCCUUCACAUCAUGGCUGUUAUUUUGGGAGUCUUUGGGACGGUGCAGGUCCGCUCUCGAUAUCUUAUACUGUACGCAGUAUGGCUGGUGGUCUGGGUUGGUUGGAACUCCUUCAUCAUCUGUUUCUACCUGGAGGUGGGCCACCUGUCCCAAAACAGAGACUUCCUGAUGACAUUUAACACUUCUUUACAUCGCUCCUGGUGGAUGGAGAAUGGGCCUGGUUGCUUAGUUACAACAGUGCCUGACUCACCAUUGGCUCCACAGGACCACCAUGUGAUCACAGUCAGUGGCUGCCUGCUGGACUACCAGUACAUAGAGGUGGUCAGCUCCGCCCUGCAAGUGUUCCUCGCACUUUUUGGCUUCGUAUAUGCCUGCUAUGUUAGUAAAGUCUUCCUGGAUGAUGAGGACAGCUUUGACUUUAUUGGUGGAUUUGACUCCUAUGGUUACCAGCCUCCACAAAAGAGUUCCCACCUACAGCUGCAGCCUCUUUACACGGCUGGAUAAAAGGACAGAUCCAUUUCCACGUGCAUUUGAGUGGAGCAGCUGCUGAACUCUUGAGCGAUGCCGUCCUGUGCAUUGUGGGAUACAUAGUUCUACAAAAUUCAGUCUCUGUGUUUCUGAAACUGUCUCCCUCUGCUGGCAGAAAAAUGAACUGCAGUACAGACACUGUGUUCAGUGAGUGACCGUGAGAGAGGCUGUGGGCUAAAGCUUGUACUGCCACUGUUAAGUGCAUGUUUCAGUAUACUUUGAAGCGCACAAACAUAUUGCCCAAAGUGGGUAUAUUUAGAACACUACAGAGCCAAGAUCUCUUCCACAGAGUACAACUCCAUUUUCUUUUUUUCACUUCUUGAAAAGUAAAGGUGACCUUUCAAAGCCAUAAUGCAUGGCAGUUCAUCAAUCUGAUUAUAGUGUGAGUUAGCUUGCAGAAGUUAACUUACCAUGAUGCUUCCUCAAUAUGAAAUAAAUCCAGUAUGCUGAACUUUUUUGUGUGCUGCACAAUUUUCAAUUAGAUGAUCACAGACACAUGGAUAGUGUUGAGUACAUACAGUAUUGUGUGUCCUCAGUAUGUGCUUUCGCCCAUGGCCUGGGGGAGAGGGAAAGAAAGGAAGUGCAGAAAGGUAACUGACUUUGCCACUAGAGCCUCAUUUUGUUGCCUAUUAGUCUAGGCAUUGUGGGGGGGAGAGGUGAGGACUACAACAGAUUCUAUUGCCAUGUGUGCGUCUGUGUGUAUACAUGUGUGUAUUUCUAGUGUAUUCAUGAGGAAGAUAACCUUUGACCCAGGUAAACUUUGAACUCUUGUCUGAGCUGCCCAUUCAGCUCUGCAGUAUGUGUGUGUGUCAGAGAGAGAAGAUUUUUUUGUUUCUUUAUACUUUGACUUAAUCCAAUACAGUGUAAUGUGUUAGAUGAAUGUUGUAGGUGGGCUAGCUGUUUAGUCAGGGAAUGUAGUAGGAUUUUCUGCAUGUAAAUAUAAGGCUGAUUGUAGAGAGGAUGCACAUCAGGGUGGCCCUCACUUGUAUGACUGUGAGCGUGCGAGUGUGGACUAAAAGUAUGUGCUUGUGCACAUGAUGAAUGUGAGUAGCCAUAAAUGUUUAUUUGUAAGCAACUUUACAAUGAAUGUAUGUUCAUGUACAUGGCUAGUGAGUGUGUGUGUGUGUGUGUGUGUGUGUGUGUGUGUGUGUGUGUGUGUGUGUGUGUGUGUGAGGGUCACAACUGGAGAGCGUGUUAGUUGUUGGAACUAAUAAACUAUUUCUAGAUUAUUC